AAAGAUCAUCCCACAUCAAUGGAGAAGUACGAGAAGCUUGAGAAGGUUGGCGAAGGAACGUAUGGGAAAGUGUACAAGGCCAUGGAGAAAGGCACUGGGAAGCUUGUUGCCCUGAAGAAGACGAGACUCGAGAUGGACGAAGAAGGCAUACCACCGACCGCUCUUCGUGAGAUUUCUCUUCUCCAGAUGCUUUCUCAGUCUAUCUACGUCGUUCGUCUCCUCUGCGUCGAACACGUUCUUCAAUCCAAGGACUCAAUCUCUCCACCUUCACCUGUUUCCCACACCUCAAAAUCCAACCUUUAUCUCGUUUUCGAGUAUCUCGACACUGAUCUAAAGAAAUUCGUUGAUUCGCAUAGGAAAGGCUCCAACCCUAGACCCCUUGAGGCUUCCCUCGUGCAGAGAUUCAUGUUUCAGCUUUGUAAAGGCGUGGCUCAUUGCCAUAGCCACGGUGUGCUUCACCGUGAUCUCAAACCGCAGAACCUUCUUCUGGAUAAGGACAGAGGAAUCCUAAAGAUCGCUGAUUUGGGUCUUGGCCGUGCCUUCACUGUCCCUCUCAAGUCUUACACUCACGAGAUUGUUACUCUCUGGUAUAGAGCUCCCGAGGUUCUUCUCGGAUCUACUCAUUACUCCACUGCGGUUGACAUUUGGUCCGUUGGAUGCAUCUUUGCCGAGAUGAUUCGGAGGCAAGCUCUUUUCCCUGGUGAUUCAGAGUUUCAGCAAUUGCUUCACAUUUUCAGAUUGCUAGGGACACCAACGGAGCAGCAAUGGCCUGGUGUGAUGGCUCUGCGUGACUGGCAUGUGUAUCCAAAGUGGGAGCCGCAAGACUUAUCACGCGCUGUUCCAUCUCUAUCCCCUGAAGGAGUUGAUCUUCUCACGAAUAUGCUGAGGUACAAUCCAGCUGAAAGAAUUUCAGCAAAGACAGCUCUUGACCAUCCCUACUUCGACAGCCUUGACAAAUCUCAGUUCUGA